CGGAAACUCGAACGUACGUAUCUCUGAAACCCAGUACACACAGCAGUAGAGUAUCGAGCAAGGAUGUGAUCUAAGUUGAAAAUGAAGCUGUAAUCAUGCAUUAUACAAUAUGGAACAUCUAUACGUCAAUGGGACCCCAACUACUCUAUAACAUCACGAGCGGCAUCUCGGCCGAUUCUCUCGUCCUGACCUUGGGCCUUGCGUCGCUUGCUGCUGGUUCCUUCACGUGUAUCCCGUGCCUGUCGUUUAGAUCCUCUGUCCUGGGGUAUCGAGCCCAAGGCGGUGGGCCCGGAGAUCGACUCGCGUGUGAAGAUAGCAUUCAGGGCACGGGUGUCAUUUUGAGUGACUGUGGUGAGCUUCUGCGUAUAAGGGGGCGUGUAUUUGACCCAGCGAUCGUUUGGCAUCGCGUCCCAGCCUUUUUGUGCGAGCCAACCCCCGACGAGCGUCACGACAGCGCGAAAGUCCAUCUUCAUUGCCGGUUUAGCCGUUUCGACGGGAGGUUCCUCAACCGGAGCGAACGACUCGUCGUCCUCGCCCAGACUCGGGAUAGCGAACGAAGCGGUUGGCGGAUUAUUCAGGAUCGGGACGGCCACUCGAUUCUGCUCCUGAACCAGCUUCACCCAUUCCAGAGUGAGUGAUCGAAGCGCUGAGUCGAAGCCGAAAAGUGCAGCGAAUUUAUUUUGUUGAUGACCAUGGAACUGAGGAGUGGUAUGUCGAAG